UUAUAAUUAAUUAAUCUCACGUGAAAGUUGGAAACUUGAAACUUCCUCAUGAAUUUCCUUUUCCCAGACCCCUAAUAAAAUCAGCCUUUCCUUUUGGAUUUCGAUAAAAACCCAACCCCAAAAGCCUCUGAUUGAACAUUAAAAAAAAAAAGAACAUAGGAAAAUCUAUUUAUAAAGUUAUGUAAAGAAUGGGGUUAUUUUAAAUUGGAUUAAGAAGAAAAAAGGAUUCUUUGUUGGUAGAUUUUUGAAGAGAAAUUUCCUUUUUUUCUUUUUUUUUCCUGAGAGGGGUUGGGUCGGGGGAUGUGAGGGUGAUGGUAAGAAAUGGCGCACGUGGUGCCGGCGGACCCACAGGCGGCGGUGACGUUGAAGAAGAAGGCGCAGCCGUCUCGAAGUUGGGCACUUUUGGACAGCACCGGGGAAACCACCUUCCUCGACGUCGACAAGUAUGCCAUCAUGCAUCGAGUUAACAUCCACGCCCGUGAUUUUCGCAUCCUCGAUCCUCUCUUGUCUUACCCUUCGACCAUUCUCGGCCGUGAGAGAGCUAUUGUCUUAAAUUUGGAGCAUAUCAAGGCAAUUAUUACUUCCGAGGAGGUAUUGCUUCGAGAUCCAUCAGAUGAAUAUGUUGUCCCUGUUGUUCAAGAACUUCAGAGGCGGCUGCCUCCAGUGAAUGCCAUUCAUCAAGGUCAGGACUACAAGGGUGGCCAAAAUGAUGUUGAAGCAGGUGACGAAGGUGAGUCUCCAUUUGAAUUCCGGGCCUUGGAGGUAGCUUUGGAAUCCAUAUGUAGUUUUCUGGCUGCACGUACACUAGAAUUAGAGACUGCGGCUUAUCCUGCUUUGGAUGCGCUUGCCUCCCAGAUUAGUAGUCGUAAUUUGGAUAGAGUUCGUAAAUUGAAGAGUGCAAUGACCAGAUUGACUGCUCGGGUACAAAAGGUGAGGGAUGAACUUGAACAACUACUGGAUGAUGAUGAUGACAUGGCUGACCUGUAUCUGUCAAGAAAGUUGGCUGGAGCUUCACCUGUUAGUGGAUCAGGUGCUGCCAAUUGGUAUCCUGCUUCUCCUACCAUAGGAUCAAAGAUUUCCAGAGCAAGUAGAGCAAGUAUAGCAACAAUUCGUGGAGAUGAGAAUGAUGUUGAGGAGCUUGAAAUGUUACUGGAGGCUUACUUUAUGCAAAUUGACGGAACAUUGAACAAAUUAACCACGCUGCGGGAAUAUAUUGAUGAUACAGAGGAUUACAUCAAUAUUCAGCUUGACAAUCACCGAAAUCAGCUAAUCCAGUUGGAGCUCCUUCUAAGUUCAGGAACCGUUUGUUUAUCCCUCUAUUCUUUGGUGACUGCAAUAUUUGGGAUGAAUAUUCCAUAUACUUGGAAUGAUGACCAUGGAUACAUGUUUAAAUGGGUGAUCCUUGUCUCUGGGAUAGUUUCUGCAAUUUUAUUCAUACUGAUCAUGUCCUAUGCCCGGUUGAAGGAUUUGGUUGGUUCUUAGAGGUACAAACAUCCAAUGAUCUGCAAUUGUGCAUGAAGGAAAGUCAGCUUGCUGGUGAUUCUUUCUCAGAUGCAAGUGAACUAGAAAAUUGUCUGCGCUUGAAGAAAAUUUUACUGAAUAAUCAAGGUAAAAAAAAAUUAACAUAACAAAAAAUAAUUGUAACC